GAGCACGACUUUCCAUUCCACCACAGAGCUCACACAAUUCCUCAUCUACUUGUCUUCUCCAAAUCCCUGCAAACCCACAAUCUCGUAGCUAGGUACUCCGAUCUUGUUCCAGCUAUGGUUUCCGGGUUCCAGAUCUUGUCCAUUGCCAUCGCGGUUCUCGCCUCGCUCCUUUGCCCUUGCGCGUCGUCCAUCGAGUUCCACCGCAAACUCUCCAGUUGGUCGAGCGCCGGCGCUACAUGGUACGGCGCCGCUAAUGGCGCCGGAAGUGAUGGUGGUGCGUGUGGGUACAAGGGUGCCGUCGACCAGGCACCGUUCUCGUCCAUGAUCGCCGCCGGUGGCCCUUCAAUCUACGGCUCUGGCCUGGGCUGUGGCUCUUGCUACCAGGUGAAGUGCAGUGGCAAUGACGCCUGCUCGGGCAGCGUGGUGACUGUGGUGAUCACGGACGAGUGUGCCGGCGGCCCUUGCUUGAAUGAGCCGCACUUCGAUCUGAGCGGGACGGCGUUCGGUGCCAUGGCGAAGCCCGGGCAGGCCGACCAGCUCCGCGGCGCCGGCGUGCUCCAAAUCCAGUACACCCGCGUGCCGUGCAGCUGGGCCGGAGCGGAGCUGACAUUCGUGGUGGACGCCGGCUCGAACCCGCACUACUUCGCCGUGCUCGUCCAGUACCAGAACGGCGACGGCGACCUCUCGGGCGUCGAGCUCAUGCAGGGCGGCGCCGGCGGGGCGGCGUGGACGCCGAUGCAGCACUCGUGGGGUGCCGUCUGGAAGCUCGACGCCGGGUCGGCACUGCAGGCGCCGCUCUCCCUCCGCCUGACCUCCAGCUCCGGGAAGAAGCUCGUCGCCAGCAACGUCAUCCCCGUUGGGUGGAAGGCCGGCGCCGCGUACCAGUCCGCGGUUAACUACCCCAUCGAUCGGCCUAACUGUGACUUAAGAGUUCAGACAGAAUCACAAUCAAUGGCUAGUCCAGGCAGUGCGCUACCCACGACAGUGAUCCUCAUCCUGUCAAUCCUAUCACUUCUUGUAAGCUCCAUCUCUUGCUGGUCCUCGGGCGGCGCGACGUGGUACGGGAGCCCUUACGGCGCCGGCAGCGACGGUGGCGCGUGUGGUUAUCAAGGCGCCGUCGGCCAGCGCCCGUUCUCGUCGAUGAUCGCCGCCGGGGGACCCUCCUUCUUCAAGAACGGCAAAGGCUGCGGCGCAUGCUAUCAGGUCAAGUGCACGGGUAACAGGGCCUGCUCCGGUCGCCCAGUGAAGGUCGUCAUCACCGACUCCUGCCCCGGCGGCGUCUGCGCCAGGGAGGCGCACUUCGACAUGAGCGGCACCGCCUUCGGCGCCAUGGCCAACCCCGGGAUGGCCGACCGCCUCCGUUCUGCCGGAGAACUCAGGAUCCACUACGCCAGGGUGCCGUGCAAGUAUAACGGCAUGAACGUGGCGUUCAAGGUGGACGCGGGGUCCAACCCGUACUACCUCGCCGUGCUGGUGAUGUACCAGGCGGGCGACGGGGACCUGUCCUCCGUGGAGAUCAUGCAGGGCGGCUGCAGGGCCGGCCAGCACGGCAGGAACGGGGAGCCGUGGAGGAGGAUGCAGCAGUCGUGGGGCGCCACGUGGUUCCUCAACUCCAACGACGGGAAGCCCCUGCGCGCCCCGUUCUCGUUCCGGCUCACCUCGGGCUCCGGCAAGGUGCUCGAAGUCACCAACGCCAUCCCCGCCGGAUGGCGAGCCGGGACGUCCUACCGCUCCUCGGUCAACUACGCCUCGUAACUCGUAAGACGGCUGGUGCUGGCUGAUCUUCGAGUGUUUUAGAUCUGUAGCUCUGCAGCUCUGCCGUUUGUGAUGUGAGCUCUUGCCGUGUCAAAGGAACUCGGCAUGUGCGUCCGGGAAUUGUGAGCGGCCGCGUUAAUUAGAAGAGGAGGAGGGUCGACAAGUGUUUUGUAACGCCUGCUCCUCCAAGCCUCUCCACACGGCCACUGGCUUGCAGUUAUUUCCUAGUGAUGUGUCUUCUUUUCUAUGUAUGCGACCUCGCAAACUGUUAGUCACAACCAAUAGAUGUGAUUUUUGUCCGUUUAA